AGAAAAGAAAAAAAGAAGCAACAUCAUCCCUCACAAGCUUCCAAACAAAGAGAAUUAAUGGAAAGUAAGAUUUGCAGGUAUUAUUCUGGUUGUCCAUUGAUUUUUUGUCGAGGAUAAAAAGAGCACGUAUAGUACUACGUUGGAAUUAUAGACUUUUUAUCUUCUGGCCUUUGGGGCUAGCUAGUCAAUGGGUAUCUCUAUCCUUAUCUCUCUUGAUUCCAUCUCCAUAAUACCAAAAAAACAUGCCCAAAACUGCUAAAGCAGAUCUCUUCUCCCUUGCAGACUUUAAGAAAAAAGAAAAGAAGAAGAUUAAUACUCCUGUAUUCCAUGGCUUACAUUAAAGAGUCUACUUUCAACAACAUCAACUACUUCUUCUCUCUUCUUUCUAAUACUAAUCCAGAUAAUCAGUUUGUUAGCAAUUGGUUUUGGGGAAUUUCAAUAUGACCAUGGUUAAUCCUUCUCAGAACCUCUCUAAACAGCUUUUUCAUAGUUAUGGUUUUGGUAGUUACCAAAAUUUUGUUCAUAUGAGCCGACUAGAAGAAGAAGAAGGAGGGUAUGAGUGUAAUUAUCCUCAUCAACUCCAAGAAGAAGUUUGUUUAGGAUCUGAUCUUGCACUUGUUAAACCUCCAGAUUGUUCAAUGGCUGAAGAUGAAUCAAGAACAGAAAGUAUUAACGAAGAAGUACACUCAGCCAGCUCCAAGUAUAAUAAUAAUAAUAACAACGUUCAAGAACCAGAAAAGGAAGAAGAAGGGUGGCUUCAGCUAAGUAUUGGUGGUGGCAGUAGCAGCCAUCAUGAGAAGAAACCGCCAGGCGGCAGAUUAGGGUUGGUAGAACUUGAUCUAUUACCACCAGGACCUGCAGGUGGUACUAGCAGUACUAGUAGUUAUGAACAAGGAAAUAAAACCUUAUUAGCCGGCGCCGCCCCACAUAUAUUAUUUCCUCAUCAAUAUCAGGUACCUGAAUUUCGAACGGCUCCGCCUCCUCCUCCGCCACCGUAUACAACUAGUACAUCUUUAUUCUUGCAACAACAACAAUAUCCUGGAAUUACUGGAACUAGUUGUGGAAUGUUCCCACAAGAGAUUAACUGGGGGUUUAGGCCUAUGUCUGCUUCAUCUUCUUAUAAUCAGCCUAUAGCAGGAGGCUCACAGUUUAGUGCUCGACCAUUUCCAGUUCUUCAUGCGGGAAUAGGAGUAUCGGGACCCAGUAUUGAUUUCAGGGUCAUUGAUCCUCCUAGGAGACCACAUUCUGGGAUAUGGUUUUCCCUACAAGCAUCCUUAAACCAAGAGAAACAGCCAUUUUUACAUCAGAUAUCCAAGAGCUACCUCAGAAUCAAAGAUGGGAGAAUGACAAUACGAUUAGUCUUGAAAUAUUUGGUGAAUAAGCUCCAACUGGAAAACGAAUCAGAGAUAGAGAUAACAUGUAGAGGGCAACAGCUACAUUCUUUCUUGACGUUGCAGCAUGUAAGAGAUCAUAUAUGGAGUACUACUGGGGACACUCUCACUUUGCUUCCUCCACAAUCCUCAAGCACUACAGCUUCUAAUCAUAUCAUGGUAUUACAUUAUGGUAGAAGUGCUGCUUAAACUAACUACAAUCAUUCCACUUCAUUUUGAUCACUGUAUUAACUUAUUACCCACCCUUCUGUUUAUUUCCUUUUCCUCCUUUCACUUUUGCUAGUGCUUAUUUAUCCUUGCCUUUCUUUUUCACCAACGGAUUUGAUUUUCCUACUUUUUUUUCUUUAAGGGGUCGGGUUUCUUCUCUAAUUUGAUGAAGAAAACAUAGUUUGGAAACAGUUUAUCCCGAAACGCUGUUUACAAAGUUUUGGGGCUUACA